AGUCCAACAUGAGUGAGUUACCUGCACGGUAGCUGCAGGCUGGGCUCUAACCAGAUAACAUAGCCAUCGGCUUCCAGCAGAGAUGAACAAGAUUGUGUAGAGAGGAAAGAUAAUUUCUCCCUUGAGUCACAACAAGACAAUCAGAAAAAGCAUAAAAGCUACAUGGCCCCAAUCAAAACUGAAAAUGCUUUUAAUGUCUGAGCAAUUUUGAGAGGAUUGAUUUAUGAGGACAAGAUGACUGUCUGGCUGAGCUCUCUGACAAAUAUUGAAAUACUACUUUUGAUAGUGCCUUGCCUGAGUUUCCACAUUGAACCCAAAGAAGGUAGCCUUGCGGGGGGAACGUGGAUCACAGUCGUUUUUGAUGCUUUGGAGGCGGGGCUCCUUUAUCCCACCAAUGGCUCUCCGCUGGAGAUGCGCCUGGUGAAUGUGGCCGUGCCUACGCUGCCGAGCGUCCCCUGUGACAUCUCUCCUGUCCCCCUGGAUUUGCUGGUGGUGAUGUGCAGGACCAGAUCUCUGCAGACUGAAGCACAUGAGGGUCUCUACUACCUGGAAGUGCUCGCAGGGGGACAUGUGGUAGGCAGCCCGCCUCCCGGCCCACAAGACAGCUGUACUUUCAAGUUUUCCAGGGCACAGACACCCAUUAUUUACCAAGUCAACCCACCAAGUGGAGAUCCAGGAAAACUAGUACAUGUGUAUGGCUGGAUCAUCACUGGAGUAUCAGACACCUUUGAUUUUGAUGUUGACUACAUUGAUAGCCCAUUGAUCUUGGAAGCUCAAGGAGACACAUGGGUCACAGCCUGCUCUGUUGUGAACAGGCAGACAGGAAGCCACUAUCCCAUACAGGAAGACCACGGUCUGGGGACUGUCCAGUGCCGCGUGGAAGGCAAUCACAUCGGUUCCCAGAAUGUUAGUUUUUCAGUAUUUAACAAAGGAAAGUCAAUGGUACACAAGAAUGCAUGGCUGAUCAGUGCUAAACAGGACCUGUUUCUGUACCAGACGUACUCAGAAAUAUUAUCUGUGUUUCCAGAAGCCGGGAGCCUUGGGGGAGGAACAGACAUCACAAUUACAGGAGACUUCUUUGACAGUCCUGCCCAGGUGACCAUUGCAGGCAUUCCAUGUGAUAUUAGACACGUGUCUCCCAGGAAGAUCGAGUGCACCACUAGGCCCCCAGGAAAGGGUGCGAGGCUCACUGCUCCUCAGGCAGGUAACCGCGGGCUUCUUUUUGAAGUUGGAGAUGCUGCUGAGGGCUUGGACCUGACUGAGGCCACCCCUGGGUAUAGAUGGCAGAUUGUCCCUAAUGCCAGUUCUCCAUCUGGAUUUUGGUCAGUGGAAGGGCAACCUUUCAGUGCACGGCUCAGUGGCUUCUUUGUGGCCCCAGAGACAAACAAUUACACUUUCUGGAUCCAGGCUGACAGCCAAGCUACCCUUUAUUUCAGUCGGUCAGAGGACCCAAGGGCCAAGGUGAAGGUGGCCUCCCUCAGGGUGGGCACUGCUGACUGGUUCGACUCCUGGGAGCAGAAUGGGAAUGAGGGGACCUGGCAACAGAAGACGCCCAAGUUGGAGCUGGCUGGCGGAGCCAGGUACUACCUGCAAGCAGAGCACCGCGGGAGAGCCCCCAGCGGGGGGAUGAGAAUCGGUGUCCAGAUCCACAGCACCUGGCUGAAUCCUGACGUGGUCAGCACCUACCUCCGGGAGAAGCAUCAGAUCCGAAUCCGUGCCCAGAGGCUUCCAGAAAUCCAGUUGCUGACUGUGUCUGGCGGAGGGAACUUCUUUCUUACGUGGGACAACGUCUCUAGCCAGCCAAUUCCUGCCAAUGCUACAGCCCAUCAGAUUCAAACAGCCAUUGAGGAGUUACUUGCAGUCAAAUGCAGACUGGAACCCCUUUCGGCUAACAUCCUGCUCCGGCUUGGGUUUGAACAAGGCCUAGAAGGUUCCGGCUCUGAGGGGGAGCUCACCAGUGGGACGGAGCCCUUCUGUGGAAGGUUCAGCCUCCGUCAGCCUCGACAGCUUGUCCUGACACCCCCGGCUGCCCAGGAGGGCUUUUGGCUAGACCAGAACACCCACUUGUGCAUUGCAUUCAAAGGCCACAUGAAUAGUAUCUUGAGGGUGACUGUGACCUUCACAAUCAACUUUCAAGACAUCUUUAAGAAGAACAUCACCUGUGACUGGAGUCUCAUGGGGACCAGUCCAGACAGCUGGCAGUUCACUUGCAUUGCCCUCUGGAAGACUUGUGUGCACCGCUCUGCUUAUCGCCAGCCGCCUCUGGGAAACUCCCCCAUCCUAGUUCACCGGAUCGACCUCAUCCCUCAGUCUCCUGAGACGGGCAUGUUCUAUGUGGAUGAAAUUAUUAUUGCUGACACAAAUAUAACGGUUUCUCAAGCUGAUUCUGGAACAGCUCGCCCAGGAGGGAAUCUGGUGGAAUGGCUGUCUGUGGUGGGAUCCCCUCCGGCCUACAAUGUGACCUCGUGGUUGGCGGGGUGUGGCCUGGCACUCCCACUCAUCGCUGCAAGCUUUUUCCUUUUCCAGGUGGUUGUGCAAGUCAACGACAUACCAGCUCAUUGCUCAGGGUCCUGUUCUUUUCAAUACCUUGAAGGGUCAACUCCCCAGGUCCAUUCUGUGUGGUAUUCCCUUGAUGGUGACGUCAAUCUGCUGGUUUAUAUUAUUGGAACUGGUUUCUCUGGUGACUCCCAGGCCUUGGAGAUUGCAGUGAACAAAACGAGCUGCAAAGUUAUUUUCUCAAAUCAAACGAAAGUGGUCUGCCAGACAGACCCGCUACGAGGGUUCUGGGCCACCAUUCGAGGCUCUAGCUUGGAAGAUGUUAGCCUUGUGUUAUUUGGAUCUCAGUCCUGUGCCAUCAGUGUCAACACAAGCAAUUCACAAAGAAUUCAGUGCAAAGUUCCACCCAGGGGCAAAGAUGGACCCAUUGUGAAUGUGACUGUGAUUGGAGGGGACCAUUCUGCAGUUCUUCCAAUGGCAUUUACAUAUGUUUCCUCUUUAAAUCCAGUGAUUGUGUCUUUGAGCAGAAACAGAAGCAACAUAGCAGGAGGUGAGACCCUUUUCAUCGGCAUGGUGCUGCUGGCGAAUGACACAGGUUUGGGUGUGGAAGUCCGCAUCCAGGAUACCUGGGCUCCAGUUGGUGUGCAAAUGGCUCGGGGCUUGGAGGUGGUGCUGCCCCCUCUGCCUGCCGGUCUCUACAGAAUCUCAGUCUCCAUCAAUGGGAUCAACAUUCACUCACAAGGGGUUGAUCUUCACAUCCAGUAUAUCACAGAAGUUUUCAACAUUGAGCCUUGCUGUGGGUCCCUUCUGGGUGGAACCGUCCUCAGUAUCUCGGGAAUGGGGUUCAGCAGGGACCCGGCUCUGGCGUGGGUGCUUGUGGGCAAUCGGUCCUGUGACAUCGUGAACUCGACAGACACCAACAUCUGGUGUGAGACCCCGCCUGCCCCGCCUCGGCCUGAUGGAGACAGGCUGGCUGUCCCGGCCCCCGUGGAGGUCUGGGCUGGCAACGUGGCCUCCACCCGAGGACCUCCCCCACGCCUGGUGGGAAAAGGCUUUACCUUCACGUAUGAGGCCGCGGCCACACCGGUGGUCACUGCCGUGCGGGGAGAAAUCACAGAUAGCAGCCUGAUGCUUUACGUGCAAGGAAGUAACCUCUCUGACUCGGUAAUCAUUCUGGGGGGCCUGAGCUGCCAUCUCGGGAUUUUCAGGAGCAACACGAGCCUAUCUGGGUGCGCUUUGCCUCUUCGCAGUCUGGAGGCGGGCGUCUAUCCCUUCCAAGUACGUCAGAAGCGGAUGGGGCUUGCUAACAUGUCUGCGGUGCCCCCGCGGUUUGUGGUGAUGCCUCAGAUAACGACCAUCUUCCCGACGCAUGGGUCAGCCUGUGGUGGGAUGGCGCUCACGGUGAGGGGCUUGGCCCUCAGCUCUAGCAGGAGGUCAGUCCAGGUUGGAUUUUCAGGUCCUUUUACCUGUGUGAUUUUGAGUUUGGGGGGCCAGAGAGUCAUCUGCCAGAUGGACAUGGUGGGAGACCCCUGGCCUGAUGCUUCCUUCACCCUGAACAUCACAGUCCUGGUCAAUGGGCUACCCGGCAAGUGCCAGGGAAACUGCACUCUUUUCUUGCGGGAAGAGACAACGCCUGUUGUGGACGCCUUGACCGUUAGCAUCAGGGGGUCCCUGACCACAGUGCUGGUGAGGGGUCAGAGGUUAGGCACCACAGCCGAUGAACCCAGGGUGUUUGUGGACGAUCAUCUUCUCUGCACUGUGACUUCCUUUAAUGCCAGCCUCGUGGCGUGCUGGGUCAGGGAUUUGGCUCCAGGACCCCACUACCUAUCAGCUUUACGUACAAGAAAUGGGGAUGCUUGUUUUGGUAAUGUUUCUAGGCACUUCAACAUCAUGCCUCAAGUGUUUCAUUACUCUCCCAAGAAUUUCAGCAUUCAUGGCGGAAGCCUCUUGAGCAUGGAGGGCUCAGCCCUGCGAGGACGGAACAGCACGGUCGUGUACAUUGGCCAGCAGGCCUGCCUGGCGGUGAACAUCAGUGCUGAGCUCGUCCGCUGCAUCGUUCCCGCGGGGAAUGGCUCUGCUGUUCUGGACAUCAGGGUGGAUGGACAUUCAUACCACGUGGGAGUCAUUGUUUACAGCAGUGCCUUCACCCCAGAACUGCUCUCUAUUUCUCGGACGGAUGAUGUCUUAACCUUUGCGGUGGCCCAGAUCUCAGGAGCGAAGAAUGUUGACAUUUUUAUUGGGCCGUCACCCUGUGUGGGUGUCUCUGGCAACCGCACGGUCCUGCAGUGCAUGGUGCCCGCCCUUCCUGCCGGGGAGUACCACGUCAGGGGUUACGACCGCGUGAGAGGGGGGGCCUCCUCUGACCUGGUGUUCACAUCCAGAGUGACUAUUACAGCCGUGACCGAGAACUAUGGCUGCCUGGGUGGAAGGCUCGUGCAUGUGUUUGGAGCAGGGUUUUCUCCAGGGAACAUCUCAGCUGCCGUGUGUGGCGCGCCCUGCCAAGUCUUGGCUAAUGCUACAGUGUCUGCCUUCAGCUGCCUGGUUCUGCCCCUGGAUGUGUCCCUGGCUUUCCUGUGUAGCCUGAAGCAUGAGGAGAGCUGUGAGGCCUUCAGCUGCACCUACGUGCGGUGUGAUUUGACUGUUGCUGUGGGGACAGAGAGACUGCCUGAUCCAUGGCCUUACCUCUAUAUUUGCGAAGAAUGUUCCCGAUGCAUCUUUGCACAAAAUCGUUGGACAAAGUCAGUCUUGCCAUCAUUCUCAGGCCUCUUCAUCAGCCCUAAAGUGGAAAGAGAUGAAGUUCUCAUCUAUAAUAGCUCUUGUAACAUUACCAUGGAAACUGAGGCAAAGAUGGAGUGUGAGACGCCUAAUCAGCCAAUUACCGCCAAGAUUACUGAGAUACGGAAGAGCCGGGGCCAGAACACUCAGGGCGGCUUGCCUGUCCGGUUCUGCGGGAGGUGGUCGAGGGCUCACAGCUGGUUCCCUGGAAGAGUGCCACAAGAUGGCGACAACGUCACGGUGGAGCGUGGCCAGUGGCUGCUGCUGGACGCCAACACGAGCAUUCUCAACUUGCUGCACGUUAAAGGAGGCAAGCUGAUUUUCAUGGAUCUGGGGCCCAUUGAACUCAGGGUGCACUCCAUCCUUGUUUCUGAUGGUGGAGAGCUCCGAAUUGGAUCUGAGGACAAGCCCUUCCAAGGCAGAGCUGAGAUCAAGCUUUAUGGGAGUUCCCACUCCACCCCCUUCUUUCCAUAUGGUGUCAAGUUCCUGGCGGUGAGGAAUGGAACUCUUUCCCUGCAUGGUUCGCUACCGAAAGUAAUGGUGACCCAUCUUCGAGCAGCUGCCUAUGCCCAAGACAGAGUGUUGGCUCUGGAAGAUGCCGUGGACUGGCAACCUGGGGAUGAAGUUGUUAUCAUCAGUGGAACAGGUGUCGAAGGUGCCAAACCUGUGGAAGAGAUUGUCAUUGUGGAAACUGUGCACAAUACAGACCUCCAUCUGCAGUUGCCCUUGAGAUAUUCUUACAACUUCACAGAGAAUUGGGUGGCCAGAGAGCACCGUAUUUUGAAGGUCACGGUGGCCCUGCUCAGCAGGAGUAUUACCAUUCGAGGAAAUCUCACUAAUGAGAGAAUGAAGCUCCUCGCUUUAUGCCAGGAGGCCAAUUCUUCAAAAGGUCAUUUGCAGAACUGUUUGUAUUCCAAGAGUGAGAAAGUGCUGGGAUCCAGGGAUUUGGGGGCCACAGUCAUUGUUCAGUCCUUCCCAGAGGGGCCCAGCCAGGUCCAGUUGAAGGGAGUGCAGUUCCGGGACGUGGGACAAGCCUUCCGUAGGCAUCUGAAUGCGCUGACUCUGGUGGGAGCUAUGAGAGAUUCCUAUGUACAGGGCUGUACAGUAUGGAACUCCUUCAGUAGAGGCCUUGGCCUGUCCAGAACUGUGGGCCUGAAGGUGGACAGUAAUGUGUUCUACAAUAUUUUAGGCCAUGCACUGCUGGUGGACUGGUCAGUACAGGGAAAUAUAAUCAGAAAUAAUGUAAUCAUCAGUCUUUCUGGUGCCGAAGGCCUCUCCAGUCCUGAGAUGUUGACACCAUCUGGUCUCUAUAUCCGCAACCCCACCAAUGUUAUAGAGGCAAACAGGGUGUGUGCUGCCGGUUUGGGGUACUUCUUUCAUCUUGUGACCAGCCAAACAUCAGUAGCUCCACUUCUCUCCUUCACUCGGAAUAUGGCUCACUCUUGCUCCAGGUGUGGUCUCUUUGUAUACCCUAAAUUCCAGCCGCCUUGGGAUAGUAACACUGGCCCUACCCUGUUCCAAGACUUCAUGGUUUGGGGAGGUGCAGGUGGUGCCCAGAUUUUUAGAAGUAGUAAUCUUCACCUGAAAAACUUCCGAGUUUAUUCAUGCAGAGACUUUGGAAUUGAUGUCUUGGAAAGUGAUGCAAAUACUUCAGUGACUGACAGCUUAUUACUUGGUCAUUUUGCCCACAAGGAAAGCCUAUGCAUGUCAGCUGGGAUCAAAACUCCCAAAAGAUGGGAACUGAUAGUAUCUAACAUAACCUUUGUUAAUUUUGAUCUCACUGAUUGUGUGGCCAUCAGGACCUGUUCGGGCUGUUCUCGAGGACAGGGUGGAUUUACUGUGAAGACCAGCCACUUGAAGUUCACAAACUCUUCAAACCUAGUUGCAUUUCCAUUUCCUCAUGCAGCAGUUUUGGAAGACUUGGAUGGGUCUCUGUCUGGGAAAAGCGGAAGUCACAUUCUUCCUUUUAUGGAAACCCUUCCAGCUUCUUGUUUGGUCAAUAGAAGCUUCAGUCAGGUUGCUCCUGGCAGUGUCUGCGGGGAAGAUGCCCUCUUUCAUCAUAUGUCUGUUGGUUUAGCUAAUGCUCCAGAUGUUUCUUAUGAUCUAACCAUAACUGACAGCAGAAAUAAGACAACCACUGUCAAUUAUGUGUGUGACACACUGUCUAACCCUUAUGGCUGGACGGCUUUGCUCUUGGAUCAGGAGACCUACGCACUGCGAUUUGAGACGCCGUGGAUCAACAGAUCUCUGCAGUACUCAGCAACACUGGGCAACUUUGCUCCUGGGAAUUACCUCCUGCUGGUGCACACAGUGGUGUGGACUUACCCUGACAUCCUCAUAAGGUGCGGGCGUCGAGUGGGGCAGUCCCUUCCAUCUCUGCCAUUGCCUGGUCAGGACCAAGGCUGUGACUGGUUCUUCAAUAGCCAGUUGAGGCAACUCACCUAUCUGGUUUCAGGUGAAGGCCAAGUUCAGGUAAUUCUACAGGUGAAGGAAGGUGUGCCCCCAACUACUUCCGCUUCUACCUCUGCACCUGAAUCAGCUUUGAAAUGGUCCCUCCCUGAAGCAUGGGCGGGAGUUGAAGAGGGCUGGGGAGGACACAACUGUACCAUUCCAGGUCCUGGGGAUGAUGUCCUUGUUUUACCCAACAGGACUGUCCUUGUGGAUACAGACCUGCCAUUCCUCAAAGGCCUCUACGUGAUGGGGACGUUAGAAUUCCCUGUGGACAGAAGCAACGUUCUGAGUGUGGCGUGCAUGGUCAUCGCAGGCGGGGUGCUGAAAGCUGGUACUUUAGAAAAUCCAUUAGAAAAAGAACAAAAGCUUUUGAUUCUCCUUAGAGCCUCAGAAGGAGUCUUUUGUGACCGUUUCAAUGGCAUUCAUAUUGAUCCAGGAACAAUUGGGGUUUAUGGGAAAGUCCAGCUCCACAGUGCUUACCCCAAGAAGUCCUGGACUCAUCUUGCAGCUGACAUCGCCUCAGGCAAUGAGAGAAUUAUAUUGGAGGACACCGUGGACUGGCGACCCCAUGACAAAAUCGUCCUUAGCUCCUCUUCUUACGAGCCUCACGAAGUGGAAGUCCUCACUGUGAAAGAAGUCAAGGCGCACCAUGUCAUGAUCCAUGAACGGCUCAGGCACCGACACAUUGGAAGCGUCCAUGUCAUGGAGGACGGCCGAAAUAUUCGUUUGGCUGCUGAGGCUGGGCUUCUGACCCGAAAUAUACAAAUCCAGCCUGAUAAGUCAUGUAGUGGGAGGCUACUUGUGGGGUCCUACAGGAAGUCCAGCAGUGAAGAAUUUUCAGGUGUGCUUCAACUUUUCAAUGUGGAAAUUCAGAACUUUGGGUCACCACGGUCUUCCUCCAUUGAAUUCACUAAUGCAUCGGCAGGGUCCUGGAUACUGUCUUCUACUGUGCACCAAAGCUGCGGUGGGGGCAUUCAUGCAGCUGCCAGUCAUGGGAUCAUUUUAAAUGACAACAUCGUGUUUGACACAGUUGGGCAUGGCCUUGAUUUGGAGGGUCAGGACUAUUCUCUCUCUAAUAACCUUGUAAUUCUGAUGACACAGUCAGCGUGGUCCAAUGUUUGGGUGGCGGGAAUCAAAGUGAACCAGGCAAAGGACAUCAGCCUCUACGGCAACGUUGUGGCGGGAUCGGAGAGACUUGGCUUCCACAUCCGAGGCCACCGGUGUUCCUCCCCUGCAGCUCUUUGGUCUGACAAUGUGGCCCACUCAAGCCUUCAUGGUCUCCAUCUCUACAAAGAAAGUGGACUUGAGAACUGUACCAGUAUCUCUGGCUUCUUGGCCUUCAAGAACUUUGACUACGGUGCCAUGCUACAUGUGGAGAGCAGUGUGGAGAUCGAGAACGUCACUCUAGUAGACAAUGCUGUUGGUCUGUUGGCUGUAGUGUAUGUAUCCUCUGCGCCACAGAAUUACGUUGAAAAUGUACAGAUUGUGCUUAGGAAUUCAGUCAUUGUGGCCACGAGCUCCACUUUUGACUGCAUUCAGGACAGAGUUAAACCUUGCUCUGCCAACUUAACUUCAAAAGAUCGAGCUCCUUCCAAUCCAAGAGGGGGUCGAGUUGGUAUUUUGUGGCCUAUUUUCACCACAGAACCAAAUCAGUGGCCUCAGGAGCCAUGGCACAAAGUGAGGAAUGGCCAUGUAAUUUCAGGAAUCAUGAAACUUCAAGAUGUUACCUUUUCUAGUUUUGUUAAGAGUUGCUAUAGCAAUGACCUAGAUGUCUGCAUCCUGCCCAGUGCAGAGAACAGCGGAAUCGUGCACCCAAUAAUAGCAGAGAGGACCAGGAUGCUAAGGAUCAAGGAUAAAAACAAGUUCUACUUUCCUCCUUUACAAACCAGGAAAGAUUUAGAAAUACUUGUCUGCCCUCAAUCAGAUUGUGAAAGUCCAAGAAAAUACCUCUUUAAAGAUCUGGAUGGGAGAGCUCUGGGUCUGCCUUCACCAGUUUCUGUAUUUCCUAAAAUUGAGGCCGAAUGGACUGGAUCCUUCUACAACACAGGUACAUUUAGAGAAGAACAGAAAUGCACAUACCGAUCCAUGAUACAAGGCUACAUCUGCAAACAGACUGACCAAGUGAUCUUAAUUCUUGACGAUGCUGAUGCCACCUGGCCGAUGCGGAAGUCAUAUCCAGUUGUGUCUGUGACUAGAGGUUUUGUUGAUACCUUUAGUAGUGUCAAUACCAAUACUCCCUGCAUGGCUUCAGGGUCUGUGUCUACUUUCUAUUCCAUUUUACCCACUAGGGAAAUCACCAAGGUCUGCUUUGUGGAUCAGACUCCUCAAGUUUUGCGUUUUUUUCUCCUGGGGAACAAAAGUCCCUCCAAGCUACUCUUGGCUAUAUUCUACCAUGAACUCCACAGCCCCCAUGUCUUCUUAGGGGAGAGUUUCAUUCCACCCACUGUGGUUCAAUCAACUUCCUCAUUGCUGGAUGAGUCUGCGGGUUUCAACUACUUCAGCAUCAUGGAUAACCUUUUGUAUGUUGUCCUACAAGGAGAGGAGCCCAUUGAAAUACAUUCAGGUGUUUCCAUUCAUUUGGCCUUCACUGUCAUGUUGUCAGUCUUAGAAAAAGACUGGGAAGUCAUGAUGCUUGAAAGACUAACUAAUUUUUUGCAAGUUAGACAAGAUCAGAUUAGAUUUAUUCAUGAGAUGCCUGGCAAUGAAGCAACCUUAAAGGCCAUUGCUGACAAUAGAGUGAAGAGAAAGCUCAAUUGCCCAACUGUGACAUGUGCCCAUCAUUAUAGAGUUGGUCAACGUAGACCUCUUAUGACAGAAAUGAGCUCAUAUGGGGUCCCACCACCAACCACUAUGGAAACUAUCUCAAAAGUGAUGGUCAUUGAAGUUGGUGAUCUGCCAGCAGUGAGGAGGACUGGACUGAUUCCAUCCUUAUCAAGCAACAAAUUACAGAAUUUGGCUCACCUAGUUAUCACUGCACAACAGACUGGAAUACUGGAGAAUGUUCUGAAUGUGACUAUUGGGGCCUUACUGGUGACUCAAUCAAAGGGAGACACUGGCUAUGGAAAUACAAGCAGUCUUGAAACUACAAACUUGAUAUAUACGCGGCCCUAUGUUCUUUCAGUCCUAGUCCAGCCUUCAGAUGGAGAAGUGGGAAAAGAACUUACAGUACAACCACAACUCAUUUUUCUGAAUAAGCAGAAUCGGCGAGUAGAGUCCUUGGGCCCCCCCUUAGAGCCUUGGGUCAUUUCUGUUUCCCUAGAAGGGACAUCAGAUUCUGUGCUGAAAGGGUGUACUCAGGCAGAAACACAAGAUGGUUAUGUGAGCUUCUCCAACUUGGCAGUUUUGAUCUCUGGGUCAAAUUGGCGCUUUAUUUUUACUGUUACUUCCCCUCCAGAAAUAAAAAGUGAAGAUAUUUCUGAAUCCCAGACUAGUGAUCAAAGGAAUAAUAUCCACAUCUCAUCCCUACGCCCAGGGUCACAAAUAAAGACUGAAAAAGAAGACACCAUAAUGGGAGAAGAUAAGAGGGUGAAGGUGGUGAUGGACAAGCCGAGUGUGGAUGGGGUGUCUCGAAGAAAGGUUUGCCACCGUGUUGUCCAAAAGAAGGGGGGCAGCCGCGAAGAGGCUGCUGUGCCCACUCCCAGUAUUAACUGUGUCACAUCCCACGGGCACAUCUGUGCUCCAGGCUCUCCCGCUCAACAGGUACACCUGCAGGAGACUGGCAACUGGAAGGAGGCCCAAGAGCAGUUGGUCAGAUACCAGCUGGCAGGCCAAGAUCGGCUGCUGCUGCUCUGCUCGGACCUCAGACAAGAGCGGCAGAAACUGCAGGGGAAGAGUCAGAGUCCGCUGGGCAAGGAGAGUGGCAGCUUGGGGCUUUCCCAUGAGAAGAAAGCCCCCUGUGAUGCUAACCCGGCAACCCGCCUUUAUUCAGUACAUCCUGCAACUAUUCAGGAACAGCUGUGAUCAAGGAGCCAUGUGGGCAUUUGGCCCAAAAGUCAGAGUGUUCAAAAAUAUUUCUGGAUAAUAAGCAAGAGUGAUAAAGCCUGACAAGUGGGGACCCUAAGGAGAAUAUGGACUCUGAACUCUCUUUAUCAACUCAAAAAUGGAAAACAGUCAUACGAAUACUUACAGACGGAAACAAUGCUGACGUGUCUUUCAUAUUUAUCACUGAUCCUAGUCCAAUGCCAUGGAUUUCCCUAAAUAUUUCUUAAUUUUUACUUCUUUUAAAAUUAAGCCUCUUUAGCCUCCUGAUUUUGCUGUCUUAACAACGGUGUAAUACUGAUUUAUACCAGGAGGGGUUGUCAGUAAGUUUUCUCUAGGAUGACUGCCCAAAGCGCCUUGAGCUCCUCUUAUAGAAGGGAUCAUGAAAACGUCUGUUCUGCUAAGCUAUUUCUAUACUAUUACAGGAAAACAUUUCUUUAUCCUGUGGUAACAUUUGAAGGACAGGAGAAAACCCUGCUCCCUGAUGUAUCAGUACAAGGUGACAGGGCAACUUUCUGGUUUUUCACAAGCUGAUUUUAUUUCAUGGUUUAAAUUCAAUCAUUAUUGGGAGCACAUAACAGAGCAAACAUAUCAAGUUCGCACCUCCUGAGUACAGGCACAUGAAAACUGAUAUUCUCAUGGGCUUCACUGAGAUUUUGGUUAAGGACAAAGAUUAAAAAAAAAACCCAGCAAGUUUGGGGAAGGAAAUUGUCCAUGGACCAAAGUUAUAUUUUUCAGUAGUUCUUCCUAUUAUAUUAGUAACUGGAUCAAAAUUACAACUGGAAGAAAACUGUAUUAGGGACACCAGAGAUAAUAACCAAAAGUCCAAGUAGAUGAUCAGCUAACUCAUUUAUCACAGAACUGCUUUUUGGACAAGAUAAUGCCCAGGGAAGUGGGAAGAGAUUGUAUCAUGUGCAGCCUCUCUAGGCUGUGUGCUAGGGGGUCUAAUGAAGACCAACUGGUGUUGAUCCAUUGAAUAAGGAUGCUCAAGGCAAUUUCAUCUGUUUCAUACAUUUGCAAAGGGGUCAUCAGUGUCCAAACUAAAGGAUACUUUAAGCAGCCUGUCUGUGUCCUUGGCUCUGGAUCCAGAAGUCCUUAUGUUUAGGCCACAAAGAUGGCAGAGAUGAGGAGAAUUUCCAGGAAGAACUUGUUCUCAGUUUUUCCCAAAAUAUAAACCAGGAUUUUCUAAUCCCUGAAAGAUUAAGGGGCUGUUCUGUACCUGAAUUAGAAUGGAGGAAGGAGACAUACUCUUCUCUUGAAGAAUUUUAAAUAAUGAUGCCCUGGAGUUAUUCCCCGUGGGAAUGACUAGCAUCUUUAUCUGCAAGCAUCAAAGACAAGGUAUGUCUCUUCAUCAGCAAUUGUCAGGAAUUUUCGCAGCCCCUCUGUCCAUUCUUUAGGUGUAUUAUGAACAUCCCAAACUUUAAAACUGCCCUGAAAGGAGAUAAGCGCCUUCUGUGUGGCCCUGUAUUGGAUUCUGAAGGAGAUACAAUUAGAUAUUAAGUUGAUGUUUUCCAUGAAAUAUCAAUCCGGACUGUCUGUACUUGAGGAGGGCACUGAUGGGCAGUCUGCCCUAUAAAAAUGUACACUGGAAGUGAAAACUGGCUGCUUGCAGGGUAAAUCCUUUAUGUAGAUGUAUUUUGCUUGAGCAUGAACAGUGUUUAUAAGCAUAACAAUAAAACUUGAAUGGCUAAGGCAGGCUAUGCCUUCUUUAGCUUAAUUAGCCCCUACUAAAACUUGUCCUUUGUCUCAUUGUGUAGCUUCCUGGUCUAUGAAGUUAUCUGUCUUUGCAUGCUUUUCCUUUAAGGUGUACACUGAGAUCUCAAAGAGCUGUAACCCUUUCAUACAAAAGCAUUUCAGAACUCAGGCUUAAAACUGAGGAUCAUAAAACGAUACAGUCUUAGCACUACCUGCUGACCUGUUGGCUAUACUUUCUCUCUUUCACUCAGUGACUUCUUUUACCACCUCAGUUCCAGUCCAGAUUUCUUUCCUGAUCUUUGCACCAUAGAGUUAGCUGCCUACUGAGAAGUUCCACUAGGUUAACCCACAGAGACCAUGAAGUUAAAAUGGCCUUAAAACCUGCUCCUCCUCAUGCUUCCGCUGACACAAUGUCACAUGUCAACCUUGACUCCACAUUCUAUUUCACCCUUCCCAGUGAGCUAUCAGAUUGUAUUUCAACUCCUUGUUUACCCUUCUACCCAUCUUGACUGUCUUCCUAACUGUCCUCCAUGUGCCAGAAGACUGAUCUUUCAGGAAGUUCAGUUUGACCCUAUUUCUCUGUUGAGGAACAACAGUAACUAACCUAUUAAUUAUACUUCAGCAAAGCCUGGGAUCUCUGAGGGCAGAAACACCCAGAGUAACUUGCAGGACUCUAAUAUGUGGCAUGGAAUUUGAGUCUAGCCAGAAUCCCCUAACCCAUAGGUAAGCCAGUAGUCUUUUUCCUCCCCCAAAAAUGGAAGAAUUGGGUAAACAAUGGAAGCCAAGAGAGUAGCUCUUAGUUCAUUCAUGUCUGGAGAUGAGCUGAUUAGAUAAAGCACCACUUAUUCAGAACAUAAACACAGAUGACCAGCAAAUAUUUCCUAACAGUAACAAGCUUUACUCUUUACUCAAAAAAACAACGGGAAAAAAUGUCUUGUUCUUGUGUUAUUUCAAAGAAUCUCUUCUUGCCUCCCAUUCUGAUUUCAUACAUAUGGUAGUCUCAUUUCCCCCAAGAUACUGAACAAACCAAAAUUCUACAGAGUUCAAAAAUAUUUGUAAAUAUUUAUGGAUGUUAAAAUUGAGAGAGAAGGAUGAAGGAACUUGGGGUAGUUUCCACCAUCUCUUGAGUUUUGGGGUUUGUCUUCAGGGAAGGUUCCAGACUUUGACAGAAUGUCAUGUCUCUCAGAGUGACAGACCAAACUGAUCUGACCAGGUCUGUGUUCUGCAGCGUUCUUACUCACAUUAUUGCCCAGUGAAGCUACUGUACACCAGGAGGCCUUUAGCUCCCCCCAGGACCUGGUCCUUUCAAGGAUCACUUAGCUGAAUGACUCCCUUCUGCCUAGCAGUCUAACUCCAAAUGCAUGAAAUUACUAUACAUUGAAAUGUAUGCAAACUCUAUGCAAAAAUGAGUAUAGGGAAAUUGAGUGUAAAUCCCAUGCAAAUACAAUUCAACUAAGCUUCUAUAAAAUUGCACAUCAAUAACAGUAAAAGAUUUUAAUUAAGUCUGUCAUUUAAAAUUCAUGCAUGUAUGUAUGGAAUAAUCCAUAUUUUGUUUCCGGAAUUCAUAAUGAAUUCAAUGUCAAUCUUGAAAGAGCUGUAAGCAGAACAUUUGACUUCAUUGAGUGUAGAACAUUUGAUUUCAACCUGAACUAUAGCACUGUGACUAAUUACAGGUAUAUCUGAGAGACAAAGACAAUUUUUAAAAAGGGAUAAAACAUUUGCAUAAAGUUAAAUGAGGCUGAUGUGGUACCACACAGAAAUCUGGGCGUUUACAAUUAUUCUUCUAGCAUUUGUUAUUUUUAGACUUCAAAAAAGAACAGGGUUCUCUUCACUUGAAAUAACUCAUGAAGAGAGUAGAUUCUGCCAACCAAUCUGGUCUGAUUUGAGACAGAAGAGUUAUUCAGCACAUUUAUAGGACUUCCUAGAAUUUUCUGGGAUUUAAUGAACUGAUUGUUUCUAUACUUUUAUUUUAGUCUCAGAAUGACUGAAAUUCAUUAUUAUCACCAUAUAUUUUACUUCAAAAUUAGUAACUUAACAAGGAGAGAGUCAGUCUCCUUUUUAAAAAUGUGGGAAAUAUCCCCUUGUCUCUCUAUUUUACAGAUGAAGAAAUUGUUAGUUGUCAAACUCUUACAAUGGUCCAAGACAAAACUGGAAAUUUGUUUGAACUGUAUCUUCUUUCUAAAAAUUUCUUGAAUUUAGUGGUAUGUCCGUCUAGUAGAAUGAUGUAGAAUAUUAUUCAAGAUGUAUUGUUAGGCUAAAAAGAAUAAAUGAAGCAAAUUACCAACAAUGUGCAUAGUAUGCCUUUACUUAUAGCUUGUUUAUAUAUAGGAAAAUUAUGGAGAGAUAGACAAUACAUUUUUGAAAGUAAUAGUUACCUUUAGAGAAUGGAGUAGGAAUAUGGGUAGAUUUGCACUUCAAGUUUUAUAUUCUUUUGUAUUUCUAUAUUUUU